AUGGAUGACGAGCUUGUUGCGAACAUCAGUCUCCCCCCAAACAGCCUUGAUACGACUGACCCCUUGUUCUAUCUUUGUUGGCGAAGGCAAUCCUGCUCAAGCUGUCUUUCCGGCACCGAGCCUUGCAGUUGGUGUGCAAUUUCGUCAACAUGUGUCCCUAAUACAGCGCGGGUUCCGAUAUUCGCGCCUAUUGGCGCCGAAGGAAUUUGCCCCCUUGGUAGCAAGGAAAGAUGGGAGCUUCGAACACAGCCUUUCGGAUGUCAUGCCAGUACAUUGACUGUGUUAUCCGUUCUUGUUGCUGUGCUAGGGACGGUGGCUCUGGGCGGGAUAGGGGUGUUGUUGGUAUGGUUUGUGCGUCGGGUUCGGCGUCGAUGGAAGGAGAUGGAGUAUGAGGGGCUUGGACCUUCCAAGUGGAGGGGUUUGGGCUUCCUUGCCGCACUGUUCCCUUCAUGGGGUCGUCGGCGGCAGAUCGAAGAAGAGGAUGGCGAAGAAGAUGCGGAGACCCGGCCACUAUUGGAGUGA